AUGCCAAAGGACAACAAGAAGUCGAAGGACGGGAAAAAGAAGGAAGGAACGAGCCAAGAAGUCGAGGUCGUUGUAAAGCGGAAAAGCUCGAUUGUCGACUCGAGUGGCGGCUCCUCCUCUUCCUCCUCGUCUUCGGACAACUCGGGAACGUCUUCUGAGAACGGAUCACUAGCAGGCGACAGUGACGGAUCUGUUGGUGGAUUCGACAACGAGAAAGGCACAAUGACCAACGACAGUCAGGAGGGCACCAGCCAAAGCGUAGCUUGUAGCUCGACAAACUACGUUGUGGGAAUGCGUGAUCGUACUGAAGAGAUGCGUCGGAUAAUGUCGCAGCGAGAGAUGCCAGUGCGGUUUGUCACCGAUGAGCAAAGCGUUCCAGUCACAGACAACACACACUUCGUGCCGAUACCUUCAGAAGACGGUCCGUCAACGUAUGCAUCUAAAGAAGAGCAACAGGUAAAAUCUUUUGUUGUUUUUUUUUUUAGAUUGAUUACAUUACAAAUCUCGAAGUUUCAGACAAGCAGCGCCAAGCACAAGCCUGCCAACAAAGGCAACGGCAAGCAGAAGCAGUUGACCAAAAAGGAGCGGAAGGCUAUGGAGAGGAAGGAGAACGGUGAUGUUCAGUAUCCGGGGCAGAAGAGCAAAGCGCCGCUGCAGGUCGUGUGCGGUGGCAACGAGAAUCUCCAGGUGCACCACUUCGACGAGUCUGCUGGCGGAUCUGACGUAAGAGACGGUGAGAUGAUAGUACGUGGAACAAAUGCUGCGGCUCAGAUGUUCCUCGGCACCAACCGCGACGUCGCCAUUCCGUUUCUUCGUGGCGAAGAGGAGCUGGGUCACGAGAUGCGCUUCACGGAUCUCCACAGGCAUUCACAGGUGCGAUAUUUGCGCUACGUCACAGGGCUGGGAGACUACAUCAGUCUGCCAGCAUCAGUGAAGCUUCUCCAUCGUAUGGGUUUUGGAAUCGCAGGAUCUGGCAUGUCAGACGAUGAACCAGUGCUUCCUUUAUCGAUGAGCGGCGCGAAGAACAUCAUGAAGCAUAAAUAUUCGGAAUACGUUGCUGAUGGAGCGAAGAUUGUCAAUUGGCGAGCUGAGUUCGAAUCUCAAGCAGACAUGGAUCGUGGUGCGAGAGCGGAGGAGUACAAAAUCAUCCAAGACACCUUCUCGAACUUCUUGGAAUCCUACAUCGAAUCCAUUGGAGACGAGUGGAUGAAGCAGACACUUCGCACUGUUUUACACAAAGACCUUCGUGAUAUUCUCCUUCGUUUUGGCGAGGUUGAACGAUACAUUGCUCGCAAGGAGGCCAAGUCGAGUAGAAGAGUCAAGGAGCUAGACAACAUUCCACUUGCGCAAAGAACACGUCCACAACGCAUCGGCUUCAUUGUGUCAUCGUUGUUACAGUGGGGAACCAAAUAUUUCAAUGAGCGCUUCGAGGACAACACCAUCGAGAAGCGUGCUUGCUCGAUUCUCAUGCAUCUCGCCUCGACAGCUCUGAACGAGAAGCCAUGCCACGAGGAUCGUCACCGCAAGUGCACCGUUCUACAUUUCUUCCUCUCGCAGUGUGAAAGCAAUCCCGAAUUGAAGUCUCAGUUCUUGUCGCAUCGGUUCUCCGGUGGACAGACUCUUCUCCACUUCGCCGCAAUGACCGGAUCGCCAUGCCAAGUUGAUGUUCUUCUGCGACAAGGAGCUGCUCUCAACGAGCUCAACGAUUAUUUCAAGUCGCCAGUUGCGCUAGCUCUUCGCAGACACCAAAGCUUGAUUGCUCGUCAGCUAAUGUGGCACGGUGCCGAUAUUGGUGGAGCGCUCAACUUGAAUCAUAUCUUCCCGAGAUCCACUCGACAGAGCCUUAACAAGGAUUGGUCGGACUACGAGGAUCACUGUGCGAUGGCGAUUCCUUACAAGGCUCGUGAGUUCAUCAACGCGCGCGUCAAAUCGCUGAAUUUGACAAUGGUCUCGUGGGUCGAGGCUCUACUGAUUGAAGCCGAUCCUCGUCUGAAUCUCGGAGUCGAUUCCUGUAAAUCUGCCCUUCACCAAGUUCGCAUCGGAGGCGAUGUUAUGGAUCCGUUGGUAACGGCGAUGGAUCGAGGAGUGUUGAAAAAAACUCUGCGAAUGUCGAUCGAAAGAGCCGAGGGAAAGGGGCCAGUGGUUCUCUUCCUGAUUCCAUGCCAAUACACUCGAUUCGACACGACUAUGGGACCACACACACCUCAUAUAGUCCGUACGUCUAUGCUCACCGACACUCAUAGAAUCGCUGCGAUUAUCGCUGAUAAGGAGAAACAACGGAUGGCGAGUAGUGAAGAGCGCAACGAUUAUACGAGUGAUAUCAAGAAUUGUCGACCGGUGCGAGUGCUCACCACGCCUAUUUCUAUCAGUUACGCGGAUAGCUGCAUGGAACGAGUCGAUGUUCUGGAGCCAUUCUUCUCGUGGGAGCACAACGGAUUGAUUUAUGGAUACAUUCUUCCAAACAGUGUGACUCAUACACUACCGGACAGUCCAAACAGGCAAAUCACUCUCAACAUCAACGUUUCCGAGACGGCUAGUCAUCGAUUCAAGGAUUCGUUCUUCAUGGUGCAAGCGAUUCAAUUGAAGAUUCGAGAGCAAGUCGAACCAUUGUUCAAAUAUCCCGUUAAUCCGAAUCACCAGGACGAACGAUCGGAGGCGAUCGCCGCAGAAGUGGCCAAGAGGAAAGCGGCGAAGAUGGCUGAACAGGCAGCAGAGGUGAAUCGUAAGGAGAGGGCGGGGAGAGAGAAAGAAGAGCGAUACAAUUCAAUGGUUGCGGAUGUUCACCGUGGAGUCGCGCUGAACAAAAUCAAAAGGGAAGAGAUGGAAACGGCUGUAGCCGUGAUGGAAGCCGAAACGGCUGCUAGAAGUGCUGCUGUUGCUUCUGCUUCGGUGACACCGCAAGCGAAUGCUCCGAACAACAAACGAGGAAAGACGAAAACGGAGUGA